AUGUUGUUCGUUUCUUCUUUGUCACGUUUUCUCUUUCUUAAGAAUCCGCAGACAAGGAAUUUGCUAAUAAGAUUUUUCAUUCUUGCCAACUUUCGGCGACUUCUCGAGAGUAUUGAAGGAGUACUACAAAAUAUUAUAUCUGUCUUUCUAUCUGUCUUUUUAUCUGCCUAUCUGUCUAUCUAUCUGUCUUUCUGUUUGUCUUUCAAUCUGUUUCUUUCUAUCUUCCUGUUUGUCUUUUCAUUUGUCUUUCUGUCUGUCUUUAUCGGUCUUCCUCUCUAUCUUUCUAUCUGUCUUUCUCGGUCUUUCUGUCUGUCUUUCUGUUUGUCUUUUUGUCUGUUUUUCUGUCUGUCUUUCUGUCUGUCUUUCUGUCUGACUUUCUCGGUCAUUCCAUCUGUCUUUUUGUCUGUUUUUCUAUCUGUCUUUCAAUCUGCUUCUGUCUGUCUUUCUGUUUGUCUUUCUAUCUGUCUUUCGGUCUGUCUUUCUCAUUCUUUCUAUUUGUCUUUCUGUCUGUCUUUCUAUCAGUCUUUCUCGGUCUUUCUCUCUAUUUCGGUUUUUCUCUUUCUUUCGCAGACGCUUGACACUCUCUCUGUCUCUCUUUUUCUCUCGAAAUUUCUGUCUGUCUAUUUGUAUUCACUUAAACCUAUUGAACAUUAA